AGAUUAUUAUUUCUUGGCAAUGCCAAAAGUGUCGAAAAAGAAGACAUAUUUCGUGGCCAAAGUCGAUGGAAUACUUCGAGUCCUAUCAGCUCUUCUGAGCUCGCUUCUGAGCCUGUUUUGUCCUCAACAUCGACGCCAUAUGGAUCAACGCCAGUCAAUGAAACUGCUUCCAUACGAGAGACAACAAGUCAAAAUAACGAUAGAAGAGAAGAUUUCGAUGGCGAAUAUGGUUAUAGACUAAUUGAACUUUCAAAUUUAGGUAAUGCAUUUCAGUCUUUACAUAAUUGUGAAUCAGGGGGAGAGUUGAAAGUUACUGAUGACGAGGCUCGUAGAUAUGGAAAUAGCGCAGUUAUCAUAAUUGAGUGCUCUAAAUGUGACACUAAAAUUGAGCUUCAAACUUCGGGAAACAAGAAUCAGGUAUGGAACCAAAAAAUUCCAUUGACAUCAAUCGACGAAUGGUUUACUCCGCAAUGGAAAUGGGAGUGGGGAGAGAUGGAAUGUCGGUUAUGUGCGAUAUUUUCAACAAGGGCCUCGAGUUAUUGAAAUUGCUGCUAUGUCAGCUGUGCUGGCUUUCAAUUGUGGUGCUGGAUCAAGACAGGAUGUCAUGAAGGCUGCAAACAUCCCUGGUGGUGAGUUCACCCUGGAAGGCUGCAAGAAGAAAGAUGCGACAAGGAUGAGGCACUCUGUAAAGAAGGCAAAGUUGACGAAAAAGGAAAGAAGGAGGAAAAUCAGAGAAGCCAAGCUUGCAGCAAACCAAGAGAAAGGUGAAUCCUCAUAUGCCAGUGGGAAGUUCAAUGAUGUCGACCCUCUUGAUUAUUCUACAUCAUCUGAUGAUGAUGAAGAUGACUAUCCACUAGCUAGACUUUUGCGGACAAUGAUUCCGAGGACAGUGAUGAUGCCCCAUUGGCACUUUUUAUCAGCAAAAGGCAAUGAAAAUGACAUUUUAACAUUCCCACAGUGA